AACAACAACAACAACAACAACAACAACAACAACAACAACAACAACAACAACAACAGCUCUAGCAACAGCACCAUCAACAACAACACCAGCAGCAGCACCAGCACCAGCAGCAGCAGCACCAGCAACAGCAACAGCAACAGCAGCAGUAACAACAACAACAACAACAACAACAACAACAACAACAACAACAACAACAACAACAACAACAACAACAACAACAACAACAACAACAACAACAACAACAGCAACAGCAACAGCAGCAGCAGCAACAACAACAACAACAACAACAACAACAACAACAACAACAACAACAACAGCAACAACAACAACAACAACAACAACAACAACAACAACAACAACAACAACAAC